UUGUUUUAUUUUGAGUCUGAAGUAGCUGAGGUCUUGAAAGGCGAUUGUGUUGAUUAUGACCUCGGCCUAUCGAAAAUCGCCUUUUCCUUGAUUUUAACCGCCCCGUUGGCCGAAUUUUCGGCCCUGCGCACGCGAACCUCGGCCGAAAGUCGGCGUUUCCAUUCACCGAGUCGCCGAAUUCACCGGCAGGAGCAACAGGCAUCUCGUCGGUCGGCUUCAUUAGGAAAAAACGCAUGCCACCUGAAAACGAUAUGAGAGUGACCUCGACGUCGUAGAUAAGACCGCAGAAGGAUGGACGACCUCGGCGACUACUGGACCGAGUACGCCCUCCGACCGCCAGACCCUCUCCACGAGCCGCUCAGCCUGCAGGACAGCUCGCAGUCGUGGGAGGACGGUGAGGAGGAGGCGCAAUGGCUGCUGGAAGCCGGUCUGGCGCAUUUGACAAGCCCGUGGAAGGCGGGUCGCGAGCUGUGGGGCCCGGAGUUGACGGAGGCGAUCAGCAGCCUGCCGUCGCACCAGGCGGAGGCGGUGAGGCGGCGCGUGGACAGCCUCAAUCGCACGAUCGCGCGGCGCCGCUCGCGGCCUGGCAGGUCGGCUCGCAACACGCCGCACAUCAAGGACGUGUUCGCGUCGCCGCCCGCGCAGCAGCUGCACCACCGGCCCGAUCAGCAGCAGCACAUGUCCCUGCCGGUGACGAUGGCCGUCAGGCCGCCGGCACGCAGGGUCGUCUCGGCUUCCACGCCCACUGACUUCACCGACUCGACGGCCAGGUUCGACCUGUUUGGCGGAAUGCAAACCAGAGAGGUCGCUGGGGACUCAGAUGGUGUUUUGAUGCUUGGUUACCACCGCAUUGGGACGAUCAGCACUCCUCGCUCGAGGGAAAAAAGAAGCGGCAGUGACCCGACCUCAGAAUGUGGAAGCUUGAGGGUGAAAAGCCCCGAUUUGGUAGAGUGCGUGUCGAUGAUCAACCAAGAGAAAAUCCCGAACCCCGCCUUGAUAAUCCCGAUCAGGAGAGCGUCUUCGCAGGGCCACCUGGCCUCGGAGGAGGCCAAACUUGCCGUUGAAGCAGAGUGGCUGAAAUGGUCAGCCAGGAUCACCAGUCCGGAGGAGGAGCGGGGCUUCGACGAGCGCUUCGGCCGCACCAACUUCGACAGCCUCGGCGAGGAGGACAAAAAGAGAUUGCGGCCGAUCCUGAUACUCGAGGUGACCCCUCUGCUCGAUCUCUGUGGCGCCCCCGGAUUAAAGAUGAAGCCUAACAAGAAGAAACGCAGAGACGAGCCGAACAGCACUGGUGUGUUUGGUGUUCCUUUGGCGACCCUAUUGGAGAGAGAUAGCCGACUGCCUGGUUGUGAAGACUUAAAAAUUCCUUACAUUAUUCAAAAGCUCCUCCAACUGCUGGAGAGAGAAUCUUGCCUUCGUGAGGAGGGACUGUUGCGUGUGGCCGGGAGCCGAGCGAGGAUGGACGCGGCCGCUGCUGCCCUGCAGUCGGACUUUUACGGCCCGUACCGGGAGGAGAAAGCGAUCAGGGCCCUCGACGCUCUCAGCCCGCACGACCUGGGUUCCUUGCUGAAAAAGCUUCUACGUGAGCUGCCGCAGCCCCUGCUGACUGCCCAGCUGCUUGAUUCGUUCUACCACUGCCAUGCGCUGACGAUUCAAAAUGACAAGGAAAAGGCGCUGCGACUGCUGUGCCUGCUGCUGCCGCCGGUUGAACGGCAUGUCCUGCAAGCCUUGUUCGACUUCCUGGGGCAGGUGGCGGACAGGAGGGACUACAACAAGAUGACCCUCAACAAUGUAGCCAUGAUCUUUGCCCCGAAUUUGUUCCCUCCGACGUGGCUGCAGAAGUUCGCCACGGCCGGCGACCAAGAAGGUCACCUUAACCAACAGGUGCAAGUGGCAGCUGAUAGCUGUCGGCUGGUGGAACUGAUGGUGCAAAUAAGAGACGUGCUUUGGAGUGUGCCUCCGUCCUUGGUGCGCCAGCUGAGGCAACAGCACGAGAACGAAAGAUACUUGGCAGCUUACCACAACUCGAAGGAAAACAACAAACCUAUGAAAAAGUUACUCAGUCGGAAACCAUUGCUCAAAGAGUCAAUAGUGCGUGUUGUUGAAAACGAAGUCGACUUCCAAGAGGGCGUGCUCAGGGUCAAUGCGCCCCAGUUUCACCUCAAGGACUUCCCAAUUCAACUGAAUGAAUCUACCACCGCUGGAGACAUCAUUUUAGAACUUGUUGAACAAGCCAACGCACAGCCUGACGCCCCAGGCAGCUCGACAAAUCAACACCUAAAACUGCGGCGGCAAGACGCGAGGAACAGGGCUCUGUGUGAAUUGGCCCCCAACGGCAACCUGAGCUGCUUGCUUGCGUCGGCCGACGCCAACACGGCCCUGCUGACGCACUUCCUCUACGAAAGGGGAGGAAAUAUUGGCCAAAGACAAAUCCCCCAAACGGCCAAGAUGUUGUGCGUUUAUAAAGAAAACCCCAACGCCCAGUGGAUUGUGGUUUGCCAUCAUAGGAAUGGGAUACCCUCACUGGAAUCAUAGUUACUUUUACCACCGGUUACAAAUGCAGCUAGAAUUACGUCGCAAAGUUCAUUUAAUAAACAGACUAUAUUUUACAAUAUUA